GCAUUAGCUGAGCUGGUCAGCGGAUACAUAAAGGUUGCCUCAGCGCCUCCUUCUCACUCCCUCCUGCGACUGCCAACGGUAUCAUACACUUAGCUGCUUUUCUCAAUUCCUGGUACAUCCUAACUCAAAAAUGCCUGCCGACUUCAGUGGAACCUGGACCAGUGGCAAGUCCGAGGGCUGGCUGGACCUCCUGGAGGCUAUGAAGGUGGAUAAGUCCAAGUUGCCGGCCGACCUGAAGGUGACUGAGACCAUCACCCAGAGUGGUGACUCCAUCACCAUCGUCACCACCAACAACAAAGACCCCAGCGCCAAGAAGGAGGUCACUAUCACGGUGGGCAGUAACUUCACCGACACGGUGAUGGGCCAUCCCAUUGACUGCACCACGGCCUGGGAGGGGAGUACGCUGGUGCUGACCGGUACGGGAGCUGGCAAGGGCAAGAGCACCCGGGGGAUGGCUGGCGGGCAGAUGAUGACCACCAUGGAGAUCGGAGGCGUGAUGGCCAAGACCUGGUGGGACAAGCAAUAGAUACUCUGCAAAAAAAUCCCUCACUUGUGAUUUCGUGGAGCUGCAUGGACGAUCCACAACUUAACAUCAUCCUAGUCUCAUAAACCCGUCAACAUUUGCAUUACAGUGAGAAUCACAAAGUUACUGUUUGAAGUGUUACUAAUUUUGCCCCAAUAGUACAUCACUCCAAAUUGUGCAUCUACGGUCAAAACGGUAACUAGAGAUGGGCAAUUCCACUGACAGAGAUUUGUAAUUAGACCUUGCAACACUUCAGCAUCCAACUGGAUUUUGGUUGUGCUAUACACUGUAUACCAACUCGAAACAUUUGUUCUAAGACUCCCGAAUUAAGGUCACCGAAAAUAAAUAAGGACAUUUCAAUAUUUUUUGUAAAUUUAAAAGUACAGGGUCUCCAUGGAACUUUUCUGAUGGACAGCAAGUACAUGUUUUUCACUUAUAAGUUAAUAUAAUCUACAAAUCCAUAUACUUGUAGUUGAUGACGUAGUCCGAUUGCUAACAGAAAAAGAAACACAUCUAGAAAUAACAGGGUCGACGUUGUAAUAGUGUUAUCUAUAGUGAUUAGCUUUUUGUUUUCAACAAUGACGUAAAAGAUUCGACAAUUGGUAUUUGAUUUGUAGGACCAAAUGUGACCUUAUUAUUUUGUUCCUUGGCCAAAAAGUCAAAGUUUAUGAUUGAACCUUUGAAAUUUGGCGCUGCGCAGAUUUUGUUUGAGUAAACAUGCGAAGUAAAUUCCGAUA